CCCCCGCCUGCCGCGGCACCGGUAUCUGCAGCCGCAGCCCGGAGCCAGUGAGGCGGCGAAGGGGGGAGGGGGAGGAAGCAAGGGAUGAGCCCCGAGAGGGCGUCGGGGGCCCUGAGCCGGACUAGGACGCCCCUGGAACCGGAACCCGAGCCGGAGCCGGAGCCAGAACCAAACCACCGGUACCGGGUGGGCCAGGCGGUCAGGAUGGGAGGAAUCGAAAGGGAGGGGUGUGCGGGAGUACAGGCAGGGGAGUGGGCUGCAGAGGCCUGGCUCAGGCCGGCGCGGAGGAGGUGCGAACGCUGACUCAGGUGGGAUUCUUGCGCCGGCCGCCUGAGAAUUCCGUCCCAUCUCACUCUGCAGUGUCCUUGGGAGGGACGGAAGCGCAGGACAAGCUGGAAAGGGAAACCCUCUGGGCGUCGGGGAAGCGGGACCAGGGUCGUGGAAGAGGGCUUGCGCAGCCGCCGUCUGGCACCCCUGGCCCGGACCAGCACCCCUGACACGGACAGCUCCUUGGUUGGGUAGGGGGUGGGGCCGGACCUGGGAGGCUCGCCUGUUUCGGAUCUUGAGGACGGCAUUCCUAUCCCUCCCCCCAUCCCUAGCUGCAGCCCCCUAACCCCAGGAGGCGCCCUGGCCCGCGCUCGCCCCCCAGGGCUUCAUGUCGGAACCACAGCCUGAUCUGGAGCCGCCCCAACAUGGGCUGUACAUGCUCUUCCUGCUUGUGCUGGUCUUCUUCCUCAUGGGCCUUGUAGGCUUCAUGAUCUGCCACGUGCUCAAGAAGAAGGGGUACCGCUGCCGCACCUCGAGGGGUUCGGAGCCUGACGACGCCCAGCUCCAGCCCCCUGAGGACGAUGACAUGAAUGAGGACACAGUAGAGAGGAUUGUUCGUUGCAUCAUCCAAAAUGAAGCCAAUGCUGAGGCCUUGAAGGAGAUGCUGGGGGACAGUGAAGGAGAAGGGACAGUGCAGCUGUCCAGCAUGGAUGCUACCUCCAGCCUGCAGGACGGAGCCCCCUCCCAUCAUCACACAGUGCACCUGGGCUCUGCAGCCCCUUGCAUCCACUGCAGCCGCAACAAGAGGCCUCCACUUGUCCGUCAGGGACGCUCCAAGGAAGGAAAGAGCCGCCCCCGGCCUGGGGAGACCACCGUGUUCUCUGUGGGCAGGUUCCGGGUGACACACAUUGAGAAGCGCUACGGGCUGCAUGAGCAUCGUGAUGGCUCCCCCACAGACAGGAGCUGGGGGUCUGGUGGGGGGCAGGACCCAGGGGGCGGUCAGGGGUCUGGGGGAGGGCAUCCCAGGGCAGGGAUGCCUGCCACUGAGAGCCUGCCCCCUGAGAGGCCACAGCCCCCAGCCAUCACCAGCCCCCCAGUGCAGAAUGGAGGACUCAGGGACAGCAGCCUAGUCCCUUGUGCACUUGAGAGAAACCCUGGAGCCUCUGUAGAGCCAAUGCUGGGGGCUGGAGGGAGGGGCCCAAGCCCAGGGCUGGCCAGUCAAGAGGCAAAUGGACAGCCAAGCAAACUGGACACCUCAGAUCACCAGGUGUCCCCACCACGGGGAGCAGGGGCUGUGUGAGCCUCCUCCUUCAUUGCGCUGAUGGACUACCAGCUGGCAGGGCCGGGGAUGGGUGGGCACGAAGCCCCUCCUCUCCACUGGACAGCACUGCCCCCCAGCUGAGGGAACAGCCCUACUUCCACCUGGAGUUGCACAGUCUCAGGCUGGGGGACCUUGGGAGAAGUUCCCCCAACCCCCGGCCCUCAGUCUGUUUCCUUCCCCCGCCUGCCAACAGGCCGCCUGACCCGCCUUCCCCAUCAC